UUUGAAUGAUCAGUGCAAGCUGAGAUGGGAGGAGGAACACAGCUCCUGUAUUAUACACUGAUCUUAAUAAACAUAUUUCCAGACUGUGAAGGGUCAACUUCUUUAAUUCCUGUUGAAGCUGACGGUGAACCCAUUCAUCCCGAGGAUGAUGAUACCCUUGUUGUUCCUUUAGAUGAUUCAGGAGAAGUUUUUCCAUGGAACGAGAUCAGGAUUCCAGGGUAUAUCCGUCCUAUCAGCUAUCAAUUAACUUUAUAUCCUGAUCUUGACAAGGGAUUGGUUAAAGGAAAGACUGAUAUUCAGUUUCAGGUUACUGAAGAAACAGAUUUUAUUGUAUUACACUCAAACAAGAUUCAGAUUCUGAAGAAAACAAUUAAUAACAAUCUUACCAUUGCUAGGUUUCUUGAGUAUGCAGGUAGAGAUCAAGUUUACUUGGAGACUGAUAAUCACUUGAAACCAGGAUUAAACUAUUCUAUCAGUUUUGAGUUCCAGUACAACUUUACCGAAGGUCCUGAUGGUUUUAUAUUAUCAAACUAUAAAAACUCUGAUGGGAGUAUCAGUAAAGUUGCUGCAACAAACUUUGAUCCGAUCUCUGCUCGCAAAGCAUUCCCAUGCUUUGAUGAACCUCAGCUGAAAGCAAAAUUCUCAAUCAAAAUAUCACAUCCCAGUUCAUAUAAAGCCUAUUCAAACAUGCCAGUCAAGAUGGUGACUCCUGUAAAAGGUGUGAAAGACCAGAUGGAGACCAUAUUUGCUGAAAGUCCAGAAAUGCCAACUUACACUUUAAGCUUUGCCAUCUGUGAUUACGCUGAGAUUACAAGGAAUACAAGUUCUAACGCCACAAUCAGAAUAAUAGCGCAGAAGGAAAAAAUGCCGCAAGCUAAAUUUGGCUUAAAACUGGCGGAAAAUCUUCUAGAAUUCUUUGCAAAGUACUUUGGAGUUCCCUAUCCAAUGCCAAAAUUGGAUUUGAUUACUCUGCCUGGAAGAGCAUUUGAGAACUGGGGUCUUGUUAGAUUCAGUGAGAAGACUUUGCUGAUUCGGGAAAAUGUUUCGAGUUCUCGAGAUACUCAGUUCGUAGCUCUUAGUAUAGGACAUUUACUAGCUCAUCAGUGGUUCGGAAACCUUGUGACAAUGCAGUGGUGGAAUGAUUUCUGGCUAAAAGAAGGAUUCGUCACUUGGUUGCAAUAUAAGGGAGUGUCCGAGUCUAGACCUGAUUGGAAUAUGUUGGAUCAAUUCUGGAGUUAUGAAGUUCAACCCGCUCUUCAUCUUGAUGCUCUUCAAUCCUCACAUCCUAUAUUCGUAGAGGUUGAGGACCCUAGAACAAUUAGCUCUAUAUUUGACAAUAUAUCGUUUGGAAAGGGUGCAUCCCUUAUCCGCAUGUUGGAACAGUAUCUGGAAGAAAAAUAUUUCAGGAAAGGACUUGAAAUCUACAUGACUAAAUAUGGAUUUAAGAACGCUGACGCUAAAGAUUUAUGGAGUUCUUGCUCGGAAGCUACAAACAAAUCUCAGGAUAUAGAGGGUAUGAUGAACACCUGGACCCUACAGAUGGGUUACCCUUUGAUAACUUUCACUAUUGUGGAUGAUUCCUUUUUUGUCUGGAAUAUAUCACAGUCGAGGUUUCUCAUGUCAGCACAGCUGAAAGGAGUUGAUCCUCUGUCCCCGAAGAGUCCGUUUGAUUAUAAAUGGGUAGUUCCAAUAAGCUUUAAGACUAGUGCAGGAACCACAUACAAUGUUCUUCUUCAAAAUAAGAAUGAUACGAGCAAAGUGGUAACCUUAGAUGAGAAGAUACAAUGGAUAAAGGGAAACAUAGAUGGGGUUGGUUUCUACAGAGUUAAUUACCCAACACAGAUAUGGACAGGACUGAUUAAACAGCUUAAAGUAAACUACACAGUUUUUACUGGUGUUGAGAGAGCUCAGCUAAUUGAUGAUGCUUUUACACUCUUCAUGGCAGGUCUUCUGCCUGCAUCGGUUCCCUUAUCAUUAUGCACCUAUCUAGUACAGGAGAAAGAUAUUUCACCUUGGACUGUAGCAAUCAAUCAGCUAAAUACCUGGAAAAGAUUGUUAAGUAGUGGAAUGGGGGGACCAGCAAUAGAGAAGUUUAUUACUUAUCUUAUUGAGAAUAUAUAUGAUGAUCUGGGCUGGGCGGAUACAGGAGAUCACGGAGAAAGGAUGUUGAGAUCUAAAAUCCUAACAACAGCUGUUGCUGUUGGAUUAGAGGAUGCUGUGGAUAGAGCUAAAGAUAUGUUUAUUAACGCAAUGGAGACAAAUACUAGCAUAGAUUCAGAAUAUCAGGCACUUGUAUUCUGUACUGGUAUUAGAGAGGGAGGGAAGGAGGAGUGGAGAUGGGUGUUCCAUCAGUACUGUACAACAAAUCAAGCAGACGAGAAGUACACUUUUAGAAAAUCCCUGGCAUGUACUAGGGAUACUUUCAUACUACAGAGACUACUAGAUAUUUCACUGGAGACCUCACAACAGAUUGCAACUUCAGACAUUUGGCGGGUACUGGGGGAUGUUGCUAAAAACCCAUCUGGAACUCUCUUAGCCUGGAGACAUCUUAGAAGGUUUUGGAACAGAUACUCUGAGUUACACUACAAUAACUCUAUGUUUAGAUUUCAAUUUCAUUAA